AGGUUUGAAAUGAAUUAAUGAGCCCAGCAAUUGUAAUAAAUCGAAUAUUUUAAUUUGCUGUUAAGUAUAACUUAAUUUUUUACUGGCGGCAUCUAGCGGUCAGUGGUCAUCUUAUAAUAAUUUACUGCUUAUGCUGUCGUGGCGCCAUCUAUUGCACGUCACUUUCUUAGUAUCUUCUGUGUACAAUAUAAGCAUUUUAAAGUAUGUUGUGAGAUCAAGAGCAAGUUGCUUUCAAUUUCUUUCAGUGCAUUCGCGACUCUACAAAGGCAAGUGAAACUGACAGAGCUGCGCUCAGAGGCAAUCGAACCGCCCAACUAGUAGCACGCCCCAAAAUGUGGCACAGCAGGUGGCACAAAUUCGUCAACGACUUGGGAGUGUUGAGUGUUUUCUUGUUGCUCUUCAAAGUUGGCAGCGCGCCAGCCACCAGUGACAGCUCCAGUCUCAACUAUAACAACUACAAUGGGAGCAUCAAACAGUUGCGUUUCCAUGACUUUGAGCCGCGACAACAACUGACGCGACUGGUCAGAGAAGGGGAAGAAGAUGCUGGUGAGCAGGAAGCAGGUCGUGAGGCACGUGGAUUCCACUUCAAUGCCAGUGGCCAGGAUGUCAAUGUGGAGCUGGAGUUCAUUGUACCCUUUGUCAGAGUGCCGGUGAAACGGAGCAUAAAACUGGCUCGUGAAGCUGUGCAGAGUGUGCUGAAUCUGCAGAAGGGAGCUCUGCUCAACACGGCUGUGAUUGUGGUUGCAGGUGCCAUCAUUGCAGGCAUUGUGCGUCUUGUGUUGGCUCCCAUUGUGUUCACCUCGUUGGCAAAUAAUUAUGCCGGCUACGUUGCCAAGGAAUACGAAGAAUCAUCAAAGAGCAUGCGCAGUUUAACGCAGGUGCUGGAAUCGCAGCUGGACGAGCACAACAUCGAUGUCUCUGUUUGCGCGCAACGCGCCAUUUGCCAGUACUUGCAACACAAUGCGGCACAAGCGCAUCCUCAAAUGAUCCUGCUGAUCCUGGCUGGCUGUGUGGUAAUUUGGGCAGCCAGCGAGGAGAGCGAAGAGUCGUCUUCAAAUGAAGCCAAUUCAUCCUCCUCUGAGGCUGCAAAGGAGCAAAAGCAGCAGCAGUUCAAGCAGCAUCAUCAUCCGCCAGGUGUUCGUCUGAUAUCCUUUGAUACGGUGGACAAGGACGUUGCCAUUGGACUUGACUAUCUGCUGCCCUUUGUCACGGUGCCAGUGAAACGCAAGCGCCAUGAAGCUCCAAGGCCGCUGGUCAUUGUCAAUUCUGCAGCCAUUUUCAGUUGCGGCUUGGUUGCUGUUGGCGGCAUUAUUGUUGGCCAUUUAAUACGCAGCAUGGGACUAGAGACAAUUGUACCUGAUCCUAAGGAGGACUCAGCCAAGAAAGCAGCACGUGGACUACUCGAUGAGCAGCAGAAUUUUCUGCAGAUUUUCGACAACUUUAAGCUGGUCUAUCGCAAUGAGAGCGGCGAGCGAGUUGAGACUGGGCUGACUAAUUUAGUGGAUACCAUCGAGCACAGUCUUCUGGACAACGACAUCGAUCUGCCUGCCUGUUUGCUCAAGUCUCUUUGCACAUUCACUCACAAGGCUGCGAGAAACGUGCGCAGUGGUCAGGCUUCGGAUGUGGAACUAAUGCUGGAUGGCGUCACUAGUUGGCAUUGGUUGUUAUCCUGGUUCGAGGAGUCGGCGAUCCGCGAAGCUGUUGAAGCUGGCAGAUUGUCUGCGCCCCAUUAUUGCAAUGCCAAAUAUCCACGCUGCAAAUGGAAUUCGCCAGAUGAAAAGCUGCUUGCUCUGCUGCACAACAAUGUUCAAUUUAAUUAAACU